GCCUCAUUCCUUCAGUCAUUCGGGAUGCGGAGCUGCCGGUGCCGCCCAAGCAGGCUGCCUCAACAGGCAUGAGCACGGCAUUGCUGCUUGGUGCCUCUGCCGUGGCUUUGGCUCUGGCACGUCGCCGAGCCAACCUGUCUAGACGGGUCUGGACCUACCAGCCCAUCGAGGAGAAGAUCUGCCCGGGCUUGGGUAAGGAGGCGGCUUCUGGACCCCUUUGGCGCCAGUACAUGAAUCUGCGCCGACAGUCCAAAUCACCAUACGGCCGAAAGGUCAAGUAUCUCAAGCAGCAGCGAAUCCUCCGCGACCACAAUGUUUGGUGGGGAUGGUACGGCAAGUGGAACUAUUGGAACCCCAACCCGGGCAUCAAGAGCAACUACACGGGUCCAGAGUCGCAUCCGGACAAUCCAGACUUCCCUGCGCCCAACAGCGGGCUGCAGGCCUUUGGCAGCGUCUCUGUCGCAUCUUUGAGCACUCGCAGCUCUUUUGUGGCCGGCAGGGUGCCAACGAUGGGCUCUGCCAAGCGAGCAGUCCUUUCGGCUUCCCGAGCUCGGUCCGGGCUGGUGAUGAAGGCCCACAAGAAGGCAGCUGCAAGUACCAAGAACCAGGGCAACUCACGCAAUCCUCAUCACUGGGGCGUCAAGGCAUUGAGUGGGAAGGCUGUGAAGUGCCGCCAGCGGCUUGUGAAGCAGCGUGCCAUGAACUGGUACCCUGGGAACAAUGUGAAGAUGUGCAAGGACAUGUCGUUGAUUGCCCUGAAAGACGGCAUCGUGCAGUGGCGUGGCGACUACCGCCACAAGGAGGUCAGCGUUGUGCCCUGGGAGUAUGUGACGAACAAGUGCCGAUGGUCUACCUCGAGCACUCUGGCACCCCAGAAGUACGAGCCCUGGAUGGGCACCAACUUCGAUCGUUACAGCGACAAGUGGCCCAUCCGACAGAUGUUUGAAGAGUGGAAGGAGACUGAGGAGGGAAAGGCUUGGAUCGCCAAGAAAGAGGAAAAGAAGGCCAAGCAGAAAGAGAUCCAGAAGAAAAUUCG